UCCAAACUUUGUUCUACUAGCAGUACACUUCCGUCGAGGCAAAACGAGAGUAGCCGAGCGAAAGAGUCAUCUUGUAUUAUGUUAUCAGUGCUCGGCUUCGAAUUAAUUUUUUUAUUACGAAGCGCGACUCGCAAAUUCAUGUCGUCACAAAAGUGUAAUAAUUUCGGGACUCGAGUCAAGUCGAGGCAACCAGAUAGCAUUCCGUUCGACGAAAUUGUACUGCUGGCAUUAUUACUAUUAUGCAUGCAUAAUUUAAAUAUUAAAUAUAAUCUGGCAAGAACCGCAUGUCGUUUGUUCCUAACUUUAUGCCAAUAAAUCGCGAUAACCUUAAGAUGAAUAUUUCUAGUAAACAUUUCGUUAGUAUAUCGAACGAUGUGCGAUGAGAGAUCGCGUCGCGAUGUGCGCGAUAAACGGGAAGACGUACGCGAUGAGUUUUACGCGGAUUCGUCGAUUAUUACAAAGAAAAGUUUCUUCCGAUUCAUCAAAGGCCAUCCUCGCGAAGAAUAUAUUCUACCGUGGCCUAAACCUCUUGGAUGCGUUUAUCCGAAAGCCAACGCUUAUUAUGCUUUCCACGAGGACACAAACCCGUUCACUAGAUUCCCUGCUAGGUGCGAAUCGAGAAAAUACGGUAAUAUCGAACCGCAUUUUGAUCCGCCCGAGGAACCGUACAUGAUUCGCGAUCCCUAUUACGAGAUCGAAGCAAGAAAAAAGUAUCUGGCAUGCGAACCGACGUGUUUCGUUGUUCUCGGUAAACCUGAUCUAAAUACAGCGAAACUUGCAAGCAUGAUCGCGAAUUCUUGGAACUGCGUACUGGUCUCCCCAGCGGCGCUCAUAAAUGAGGAGAUAGGACGUGGCAGCGAAAAAGGUAAAGCAAUGGCGGAUAUCUUGAAGGCAGGUGAAUGCCUGGGACCGGAGAUCGUCAUGGAUCUGAUGAUAAAUCGAGUCAACAAGAGAGACGUGUUGCACAAAGGAUACGUCGUGGAAGGUUUACCAUUGAUUUCAAAUGGAACACUCGAUUACUCGUCGUAUUCUAAGUCCAACGAGAAAUCGACGUCGCAAAAGAUAUCUGACAAUCUCAUGAAAUUCUUCGAUUCGUCCCUUGAUAGAGUAUGCGGCACAGCAAACGAACUCGAAAAACGUCAGAAAUUAGCGUUAAGUAAACAGAAAGUUUGCGUUACGAAGUCAGAGGACACGGGUUGCACAAAGCGACCGGAUUACGAGCGUUUCAUCUCCGGUCAGAUCGAAGAAAUUUUCACGACGUGGCCUAAAAAACCGACGAUAAUUAUUUACGCGAUGUGCCCGGACGAAGAUGUCGUGAAAAAGCGUGAGCACUUUCGUAUAGAUCCGAUAACUGGCCGUACAGUGGACACCAGUUUGUUGGGGAUGAGCAAGGACGUGGAAACUUUGGUCGCUCACAAUAAACUGGGCGGCGGCAUAAACAUUUCGUUUGAAUUGUACCAAGAACUCAUGAACGAGGAAAGAAUAUUGGACGAGAACCAGAGAAAGUAUUUGCUGAGGCGGCCAGCCGAUGCAAAAUCGAACAUAGAAGCGCAAUGCGCGUUGUACAAACAUCAUGCAUUGCCCGUGAUCGAAAAAUGGAUCAUGUUGCAUAAUCCUCAGAACGUGAUCCGCGUGGACGCUCGGACGCCCGUGUCAUUGAUGUUCCAAAUCGUCAUGACGCGUUUACGCACGUUGCCUGUGCCACGCGUGAUCCUCCCGAGGAAGUUCGUGGAUCAAGUCGCGUUUGAAUUCGGUGAGUCACCAAUAGCUACCGUGCCCACGGAUGAAUUCGAAGAAAAACCGAUAGAGGAAGCGUUUCAAGAUUUGGCGAACAGAGAAACUAUCUCUCCUCUGUUCCCAUGGCGAUUAUCAGCCUGGAAUUUUCUUUGUCCGGUUGAAUUAGCCCGGGGAAGAACCGUGGAAGGAGCAGCGAAGUAUGCAAUUAAAUUUAUGAACAAAAUCUUCUUCCUUUCGUCGGCCGAAGCAGUUGAUUUGUUCAUGGAGAAUCCGAGAACGUUCCUCUUUCCGUUCACUCCUCGACCGACUUGUAAGCUCGUAGUAUUCGGGCCUAAAUACUCUGGCAAAUCUGAUUUGUGCAAGAAAUUAGCACGGGUUCUAAAGGGUACUGUAAUAAACGUGAACGAGAUUGGAAAAUCUUUAGAUGACGCUGACUCGGACGUUUCGUUUUAUUCACCGUCUUCUUCGAAGUUGGAUGAAAAGACUAACAUGAUCGCAAACGCCAUACACAGUAUACCGAACGAAGAGUUGGAUAUUGAAGUGUGGAGAGAUGGGGGUUACAUCGUGGACGGGAUGUACCCUGAUGCUGACUGUUGGAAAAUACUCGUGGAAAAUUCGGAGAUCGUCUUUGAGGACGCGAUCCUCUUAUUCGACGAAGAUCCAUAUGACUAUUUACUGUCUAUGUGGCACAAGGUUCACCGUAUCAGUGAUGAAUACGAAGGAGAAUACGAAAAUCGGGAAAACGAGGAAGAAAUGUAUGGAUUGAUCGAAUACUUGAACCACAUACGAAAGUUUGAAGUAGACUGGAAAACGAUAGAAGAAAACGUAGUGAAUACCUGCAGGAAUCUGAUCGCUUGUAAUAUCGGCAAACUCGACGACGUAUCGAGCUACGUGAUAAGCCAAAUCGAGGACCGCUACACGGAUAAAGCUAGAGUUAUGACUGAGGAAGAGAAAGAAAAGGAAAAAGAUCUCGCGGAAUAUAUGGCGAUGACCGAGGAUACGGAAAAUAUCGAAGACGAAGAAGAAGAAGAAGAAGAAAGAGAGGGGCACAAGGAACGAACGGAUGUGGAUAUUAAAGAGGACAACCGCCGGUUUGGCGAUACGAGUCACUAUUGCCCGGUAGCGUUGUUGAAACAUAAUGUUUUUUGGAAGGGCAAGGAAGAAUUUAGCGCCGUUUUCAUGGACAGGAUAUAUUAUCUCUCGAGCGAAUCGGCUCUCGAGGAAUUUCUGCGUGGUCCCCAGAAAUUGGGACUGCCAUUAAAGAAACCGUUGCCUUUGAUCCCACCCUUGCGUAUCAGCGUGAUCGGACCAACGGGAAGUGGGAAAAGCAGAUUGUCGGACACGCUAUCUCGCGAAUGCGGCUUAGCUCAUGUAGAUUACUUUUAUUCCUGCGCUAUGUACGCGAAGUCUUGCGGAGCGCCAUUGAUUACUCACAUGGAUGUCAUUGUUUCGCCAGAAAAACUUUUGGAAGAAGUGGAAUUGCCAGCAGAUAUGAAUGAUGAGCGAUACAAUAGCGAUUCUGCUACGGUCCAAACGUUUGUUCGUUCCUAUUGGAAAAAUGGAAGCGAUCUUCCAGCGAAAAUGUAUCAGGAAUGUAUACUAAAACAUUUCAAGGGACUCUUCGGGCAAUCCGGUGUCGUGCUCAACCAGUUCCCAAGCUGUCGGCAAGACGUGGAAAUAGCGUUGAAGAAUUACAUAGUGCCGGAAGUAAUAAUAGAACUUCGCUGCGGGAAAGACACGGCGUAUAAAAGAAUCAUGUCCUUGAUGCUCGAGACUUGGCAACACAAGUUGGAAGAGAAGAAAGUCGAAGAAUCUUCCCGAUACGCGACGGAGCUUGAAGAGUACGAGAUAAAGCGAGAUGAUUGGAUCGAACACAUGUUGAGCAAAAAUCGUCGGAGAACCGAGGAAGAAGGCGAGAUGGGCGAAUUCGAAGGCGAAGAGUUUAUGGCGGAAUAUAUGGAAGACCAAGAGGAGGAGGCGACAGUACUUACGAGAUUUGAAUUAGAAGAAAUAUGGUAUCGUGACAAUCCGCAGCCUGUACUGUUCACCGACUGGGAGACCGAAGAAGUAGCGAAGGAAAGAAUGGACCAAGAGUUUCACGAAAGGUACAAUAACGAAUCUGUAAAAGUGGAUGCUGUGCGAGAAAGCUUGGAGGGCGAAUCGAUAAUGUACGUCACUAUAGACGGAGAAGGCGAUCCGACGGAAAUUUUUCUGCGCGUUAUGAGAAUCCUCGAGCCAUACGUCUGUCGGAACGUCGCUACUUUAGAAAAAGUCUAUACCGUCGAUGUUGAAACAGCGGAAACUCUUUUGAAUCACGGUUACUAUCUUUUGAGUUCCUUCGGCCGUUGGUGUCCAGUACAAUUAUGUCAAAACAAAGUUCCUUUACAUAUGUUUCUACCGCAGGAAGUUCAGCAAGAAAUUCAUGCUGUCAUACAUCGACAAUUUAUUUAUUUCUUAUCUGAGAAAGAGGCACACUCUGCGUUCUUAAGGAAUCCAUUCAAGUACUUCGAAGUGGAUUCUUGUGUGCCUGUGAUUCCAUUUCGCCUGGCCAUUAUCGGUCCACCGAAGUGUGGAAAAUCGACCCUCGCGGAGCGGUUCGCGAAGAAAUACAAUAUAAAAGUGAUAACGCGAGGAGCUGCUCUACGUCACGUUAUGAAAAGUUUUGCUUGGACGGAAUUCGUGCAAUCAGCGGAGUCUAGUCUUCGAUUAGGCAAAACUGCACCAAUGGAGUGCGUGUACCGUGCCAUUGAAAUGUACUCCAUCGAUCCUUCUUCGGUUUCUCAAGGUUUCGUGUUGGACGGUUUCCCCGUAAAUCGCGAAGAGUACGAAGCAUUGACUCUCUUAAGUAUUCAACCAAUGGUUAUACUUGAUCUCAAAGCAGAUCUCGUAUUCUGCUUAGAGUGUUUGUCUCAAGGAGCUGAUUAUACGACGAAACCAACAAACUUUUCUAAUCAGUUCUUGACGCAUCGUUAUACCAUUUGGCAAGCAGAUUACGAAAACUAUCGUAGUUGGUUGCAGAAGUUCACUCAAAAUAUAAUUGAAGUGGAUGCAACCAUGUGCAGGUGGUACGUAUGGACCAAAGCUGAUAAGGAAGUCUGUUCAAGGUACAUGACGAUUAGAUCGUACUUCCGCGAAAGCGAUUACGAGAAGGUUCACAGAUUAAAAUACAUGAGCGUUUCACCAUACGAAUUUACGAGGAGACAGAGUCAAUUCGAAUUCUAUUGUCCGAUGUGUUUGUAUCUCGACGAUAUCAUGAGAUUUUCUGGACCUCCACCGGAUCACGAAGGAAUGGUCCAGUUCAGAGAACACUUCUACUGGAUUUGCCCGCAACACCUGGAACAAUUUGUGCGAAACCCACUGAACUAUCUCCCACCGAUGAACGAUAAGUGUCUACCGAAGGACCGUCCUAGGAUUAUAACCGAAACGAUCGAUCCGGAACAUCCUUGUUGGACUAGACGUUUACAAGUCAAAGGAUUUUGCCUUGUAACGUACGUCGAGUGUCUACCGGACCGCAGGCUCGUGCCUGGGAAAAUAAGUCUAGCCGUAAUUUAUAAAAGCAAAGUGUACAUAUUCUGCACAGAGGAAUGUCGCGAGAAAUUUUUAGCGCAACCCGAUACCUACACGAGUGUCAAUAUCAAAUUUUUGCGCGUACUACCGCCGGUGGACAUACACAAAUUACCGCACCUCGGCUUUUUAGAGCAGACGGUUUCACGUCGCGUACCUGUUCCCGACGCGAGGUUCGAUUAUUUGUGCGAAUAUUUCAAACCAGCAAGCAAAGUUCCGGCUUUCUUAAAUGUCGUGGACAUUGCCGGAUUGGUUAAAGGCGCCGCCGAGGGACAGGGUCUUGGAAACAAUUUCCUCUCGCAUAUCAACGCGUGCGAUGGAAUUUUUCAUCUUGCUCGAGCGUUCGACGACGACGAUGUUACGCACAUAGAAGGAGAUGUGAAUCCCGUGAGAGAUCUCGAAAUUAUUAGCGAGGAAUUACGACUGAAAGAUAUCGAGUUCUUAAAUGGGCAUCUCGAAAAAUUGGAAAAGCUUGUGGUACGGGGAAACGACAAGAAGCUGAAACCUGAAUAUGAUACCUUGUUGAAAGUGAAAGGCAUAUUGGUGGAUGAAAAGAGGCAUAUCAGGUUUGCCGAUUGGAGUGCUACUGACAUUGAAGUUCUUAAUAAGUAUUUGUUCCUCACGUCAAAGCCAGUUAUUUACCUAGUUAAUCUGUCCGAGAAAGACUACAUACGUAAGAAAAAUAAAUGGUUAAUAAAGAUUAAAGAAUGGGUUGACAAGAACGAUCCUGGAGCUAUUUUAAUCCCAUUCAGCGGUGUUUUUGAGAAUAAGCUUGCCGACAUGAACGAGGCGGAGCGCGCGAAGUAUUUGGAAGAAAACAAAGUCACAAGCGCUCUUGAUAAGAUCAUCGUUCAGGGAUACAAAGCGCUGCAAUUGCAGUACUUCUUUACAGCGGGACACGAUGAAGUGAAGGCGUGGACGAUUCAGAAAGGUGCAAAGGCACCUCAAGCCGCGGGAAAAAUUCACACGGAUUUUGAGAAAGGAUUCAUCAUGGCUGAAGUUAUGAAAUUCGAAGACUUUAAAAACGAGGGUUCAGAAGCAGCGGUGAAGGCUGCCGGAAAAUAUAGACAACAAGGACGUAAUUACGUCGUCGAGGACGGAGACAUAAUUUUCUUUAAGUUCAACGCCGGCGCUGGGUUAAAGGACGCGAAGAAAAAGUGAUGGCGCGUUUUGCUCAUGUUGUUGCUCGUUCAUUUGUACAUAAACAUGAUCUUAAUGUUUUGUUGUACGCGUGAUAUGCAUAUGAAACGAUCGCCAUCACUUUCUGAUACGCCUUAAUUUAAUUUUUCCAUUGAAAUUAAACGAUACAUACAUCGUUGAUAACGAGAGCCAUCCUUUUUAUAGCAACAAUCGAGACAUACUCGUAUAAGUAUUUUUACAUGUUUGAUUCUGUUAUAAAAACACUACUUAUCAAAUAUUCAUUGAUUCCUUUAUAUUAUGAAACGACCCAAAUAAUGAACACUUGCAUUUUCAUUGUAACUAAGUGUAAAUAAAUAAUAGGAGCUUCAAAUAUUAUUGUAUAACAUCCUGCUUCUAUCCAGUGAGUAUAACUAGUGAAGAUGAAAUAAGCACUGUGAAACUAAAUGUUUUUGGAUAUUUCUUUGUACACGUUUGCAUAUUUAUUCUAUAAAUACAUUUCCUUAAAAAACAAAAUUUCAUUGAAAUUAUACUUCCCCAACGAAUGAGAGAUUGCAGUCAUUUUCCCAAUAAACAUGUAGAAAUUUCGUUAAAUUGUUGUAAAAGUCAAUAAACUUCAAUUAUGCAGAAUAAUAUUCUGACAAAAUACAGAAUAUCUCGGAUCAUACAUGUAUAAUACUAUUGUAUAUUAAUUAUAACAAUUGCGACCAACAAAUAAAGAGUGCUAAAGGAAUUAUUUGAAAUGCCAAGCAAAUUUAAAUAUUAGAUAAUGAA